CACUGCUGGACGCCAUACUCAGCGCGCGUGGCUGUUUCACUUUGCUCAAAAUAUGCAGGAUCUAUGAUACUUGCAUUUGUUGUUAUCUAAAGUGCAUCUCAUAGAAAAAGUGCCAAAAGUUCUGCCUUCAGCAGGGAUGUUUUGCCAUCGGUAACGAAACUUCCUAAAGGGAUAGAGGAACAGAAUGACGUCCGAACGAUUUCACAGAGCUGCACGCGAUGGCGCCUUAGACAUCUUAAAAGAAGCAACAAAAAAGGAUUGUAACGCGCGGGAUGACGGUGGAAUGACCCCUACAUUAUGGGCAGCCUUUGAAGGUCAUAUAGAUGCUCUGAGACUGCUCGUCGCCAGAGGAGGGGAUCCCGACAAAACCGAUUAUUUUGGUAAUACGGCCCUUCACCUGGCAGCGGCAAGGGGUCAUGAAUAUUGCGUCAAGUUCCUUGUGAAAUUCGGCUGCAAUAUUUGGUCAUUGGAUAUUGACAGGCAUUCAGCUAGAGACUUGGCUGCUAUAAAUGGUAGAGAGAUGACUCUUCAGUUUCUAGAUCUUGCUCAAGCUGAUCAAGAAUUAAAUAAUCGCAAAAAGAGUCGUUUACUUCGAGAAAAGGCAGAAAAAGAUGCUGAAAAAAGGUUAAAAGAAUAUAUGAAAAAACAGAAGAUGGCGGAAAUCAGAGCUGAAAAGGAACAGAAAAAGUUAUCAAAAGAUCGAACGAAAUUGGAUUUAGCUACGGUUAACGAAACCGGCAUUCUACCUCACAAACCCAGUAUGUUGACCUUCAAAGGUCGAGUGAAGCCUUCACCAACAUUCAGCGAUAUCGUUGGCACUACUGCAAAGAAACAAGGCAGUGCAGUAUGCAGAAAAGCUUUAGCGAGAAAAGCCGUUGAUGAUUUCAAAGUAGUAGAGAUUGAAGUAAAUGGAAAAAAAUCGAUCCGUAGUCUCACUGGUCUUAGAAGAGAUUCUGAAGUAAUGUACGUAGGAACUUACGAAACGCAAACUCAACAAGCAGGAAGGAGAGGAAAAAUCUCUGACGUUUGGGGUACACUAAGCAAAGCACAAAGUACUCCUGAUCUCUUGGGCGAUCGAUCCUUUGACGAAGAUAUCGAACAAGAUGAUAGAGAAGACAUGGAUAGCGUAGGAGAUAACGUUUUGCUGCAAGAACCGGCAAGUAUCUUCAAUCGACCUGGUUUUGGAUCGGUAGCAUUUCGAAGAGCGAUAACAACUACUUUCGAUAAUCUACCAGUCUCGCAAGUGGAUGCACAUGAACAAAAUGGUAACUCUUGCGUGAAUGGUUCUGUAAACGGAUCUAUAAAUGGUCAUAGAACCAACUCAAAUGGGCACAACGAAGAAAUCAGCAUAGGAAGCGCAGGUAGUUUAGCUCGCCGACAGAGUAUGUGGGAUGAUGAUUUACUUUCAGAGGAAGAAACCGAUGAGGAAUGGACACCAUUGCAAAGAUUUUUAGUUGCCAAUAAUCUUUCAUCGGUACAUCCGGUUUUAGAAUCAGAACAAAUUGAUCUAGAAGCCCUAAUGUUACUAACUGAAAGUGAUAUAGCGGCACUUAAACUUCCACUUGGACCUAAAAGGAAAUUAAUGAAUGCAAUAGCUAACAGGAAAAGGGCAUUAGAUGCUCCAGAAAAUGUCAUUAAAGAUAGUAGACUGUGAAACUUGAAAUAUUACUGAGGAAACAAAAGAAUAUUAGCUUUAUUUUCGAAUAUUUUAAUCUUACCUAAUAAAUUGCUUAAAUGCCUACUAAAAAAUUAUACAUCUAAUUUCUAACACAAAACUAAAUUGUAUACAACAUAUAAAAAAUCAAUACGAACAGUUGCACUUACGUUUUAAUUAUAGUUCAUAUAAAAUUUCGCGUGAUUGUAUGAUUAAAGUUAUUUUAAUUACACGGAUGUGUAGGUGUUAUAAGAUUACAUUAUUUUUUGCUAUAAUCAAAUCAUCAGACACGAUGUAUCGCUCCUUGCCAUUUUCCUUAUAAUUAAUGUACUACAAAAAAUAUACUCAUUUCCGGAAAAAAUUAGAAGCCAUAAAACUAUAAAUUGGUAAUUCACUGUACGAACGACAUGUGGAAAUACUAUUUCAUCAUGCAAAAAUCCUAAUUUUUUGCUUGUAUGGUGCCUUAAAACAAUAGAAUACAUUACUAAGCUAAUCAAUGUAAAUGAGAAUGUAAAUGCCAAUUUAAUAGAAUGAAUCUUUAUAGAGUCUUUAGACAAUAGGAUAAGUGAAAUUAAUUUUUUCUUAUUGGUCAUAUAAAUACAAUAUA